GCCGGGAGGCUACACGCCCAGCAGUCUAAGCGGGAGCCGCUCAAGCGGCAGGAGCUGUAGACGAGCAGAGAACGUAACGGCCGCAGGUUGAAUAGGUACAGCAGAAAAAGUUACAGAAUCUAGCGCCACCAGCGAGGAGGUCCCAAGCAGCAUGGCCCGGAGAAGCGCUUUCCCCGCCGCUGCGCUCCGCGUCUGGAGCAUCUUCCCGUGCCUGCUGAUGCUGCGGGCGGAAGCCGGGCAGCCACGGGAGGAGAGCCUGUACCUGUGGAUCGAUGCUCACCAGGCGAGAGUGCUCAUAGGAUUUGAAGAGGAUAUCCUGAUUGUUUCAGAGGGGAAAAUGGCCCCCUUUACACAUGAUUUCAGAAAAGCACAACAGAGAAUGCCAGCUAUUCCUGUCAAUAUCCAUUCCAUGAAUUUCACCUGGCAAGCUGCAGGGCAGGCAGAAUACUUUUAUGAAUUCCUGUCCUUGCGCUCCUUGGAUAAAGGCAUCAUGGCAGAUCCAACCGUCAAUGUCCCUCUGCUGGGAACAGUACCACACAAGGCAUCAGUUGUUCAAGUUGGUUUCCCAUGUCUUGGAAAACAAGAUGGAGUGGCGGCAUUUGAAGUGAAUGUGAUUGUAAUGAAUUCUGAAGGCAACACCAUCCUCCAAACACCUCAAAAUGCUAUCUUCUUUAAAACAUGUCAACAAGCCGAAUGCCCAGGAGGAUGCCGAAACGGAGGCUUUUGUAAUGAAAGACGUGUCUGCGAGUGUCCUGAUGGAUUCUACGGACCUCACUGUGAGAAAGCCCUUUGCACACCACGGUGUAUGAAUGGAGGACUUUGUGUUACUCCUGGUUUCUGCAUCUGCCCACCUGGAUUCUAUGGAAUCAGUUGUGAUAAAGCAAACUGCUCAACCACCUGCUUUAAUGGAGGCACCUGUUUCUACCCUGGAAAGUGUAUUUGCCCUCCAGGCCUAGAGGGAGAACAGUGUGAAAUAAGCAAAUGCCCACAACCCUGUCGAAACGGAGGUAAAUGCAUUGGUAAAAGUAAAUGUAAGUGCUCCAAAGGUUACCAAGGAGACCUCUGUUCAAAGCCUGUCUGUGAGCCUGGCUGCGGUACACACGGAACCUGCCAUGAACCCAACAAAUGCCAGUGUCAAGAAGGCUGGCAUGGGAGACACUGCAGUAAAAGGUACGGAGCCAGCCUCAUGCAUGCCCUGAGGCCAGCAGGCGCCGAGCUCAGGCAGCACACGCCUUCACUUAAAAAGGCCGAGGAACGGCAGGAUCCACCUGAAUCCAAUUAUGUUUGGUGAACUCUGACAUCUGAAACGUUUUAAGUUACACCAAGUUCAUAGCCUUUGUUAACCUUUCAUGUGUCGAAUGUUCAAAUAAUGUUCAUUACAGUUAAGAAUACUGGCCUGAAUUUUAUUAGCUUCAUUAUAAAUCACUGAGCUAAUAUUUACUCUUCCUUUUAAGUUUUCUAAGUACAUCUGUAGCAUGAUGGUAUAGAUUUGCUUGUUUCAGUGCUUUGGGAUGGAGUUUAUAUUAUCAGUUGAUCAGGUUAAAAUUUUGCCUUUUCAGUGUGUAGUUGGCAGAUAAUUUUCAAAAUUACAAUGCAUUCAUGGUGUCCAGGGCCUGGGGAACAUUAGAAAGGGUAAAUUCGACAAAAAUGCAUAAAUCACAAGAAUUUGGAUGAAGCAGUCAAUAGUGCUGAAGUUACACCAUUUCAAAUUUUAUUGUCAUGUAUUUAGAUGUUUCACAUUUUUAAAAAUUGCUCUUAUUUUUAACUCUCAGUACAUUUUGACUUUACCAUUACUCCAGAGAAUUUGAUAUUAACGAAAAAAGCAAACAAAUAAAACAUUGUGCUAGUGGCAUUUAAACAAUAUAAUAUAUUGUAAACACAAUAAAAUAGGGACUAUAAUGUAUGAACUCGUUGCAUUGGCUUGAAGCAAUAUAAUAUAUUGUAAACAAAACACAGCUCUUACAAAAUAAACGUUUUAUACUAUUUGUAUGUAUAAAAUAAAGGUGUUGCUUUAGUUUUCUGA